AGCAGAUCCCGCGGAGCAACGAUCGAGCUGGCGGGAGUGAGUCUCCAUUUUUCUGGAUCUUGCCCUGGAGGCGUUCUUAGUGCCCGCCUCCACAUCCAGAUUUCGGGGAUCGCCUGUAUAACCUUACCUGAGAAAGAAGACCAGAAGAGGGAAAAAAGGAGGAAUGGCUCUUUUCCAGGGACGGUUGACAUUCAGGGAUGUAGCCAUAGAGUUCUCUCAGGAGGAGUGGGAGUGCCUGGACCCCGCUCAGAGGGUCUUGUACAGGGAUGUGAUGUUGGAGAACUACAGGAACCUGGUCUCCGUGGGUGAGGAUAACUUCCCUCCAGAAGUCGGGAGUUCUGCUGGAUUUGCAAUCAAGGAAUUAUCACCAAUACAGGACAUUAAUAAAGGAGAAUUUUACCACUUAGUGAUAUUGGAGAGAAAUGAAAGUCAUGACAUCAAGGAUUUUGAUCUCAAGGAAGUCUGGGAAAAUAGGCAUGAGUUUGAAAAUCACUGGGGAUAUGAUGCAAGAAAUUACAAAGAAGUGCCUUUGACCCAUAACAAAAAUGUCACAUGGAGAAAAGAUCAAAAACUUAAUCAGCUCUCAGUUACUCUUCCUCAAAAGCAGUGCGCUUCUGUAAGAAAUAAUACAUACCUGUAUUUCAUGGAUUAUGAGCCAUUUGUAAGGAAUGUAUUAAAAAUGGACAAUAAUAGAAGUGGUGCUGGAAACCAGUACAUAGACUGCUUGGAAAAUAGAAUUGGAUUAAGUUUACAGGCACACCUGGCUGAACUGCAGACAUUUCAUAGUGAGGAGAAAAUGUAUGAAUGUAAUCCAACUGAGAAGUCUGUUGGCAAUGGUUCCUCAGUCUUACCACUUGAAACAAUUCCUCCCAGGACCCAAAACAUUUGGAAUAAGUCUAGGAAGAUUUUUAAAUAUCGUUUGUUACCUGCACAAGACAGGAAAGCACACACUAGAGGAAAAUCUUACAAAUGUAAUGAAUGUGGGAAGGUUUUUAGCAAAAGCUCAAACCUCAUGAGUCAUGAAAGAAUUCAUUCUGGACAGAGACCUUAUAAAUGUAAUGACUGUGGCAAAGCCUUUACGGAGCACUCACAUCUUACUCAACAUAAGAAAAUCCAUACUGGAGAGAAACCUUAUAAAUGUGAUGAGUGUGGCAAAGCGUUUAACCAAUGUUCGAACCUCACUAGGCAUCAAAGAAUCCAUACAGGAGAGAAACCAUAUAAAUGUAACAUAUGUGGCAAGGUCUGUAGUCAAAAUUCAAACCUUGCAAAUCAUCAGAGAAUGCAUACUGGGGAGAAACCUUACAAAUGUAAUGAAUGUGGUAAGGCUUUUAUCCAACGUUCACACCUUUGGAGUCAUGAGAGAAUUCAUACUGGGGAGAAACCUUACAAAUGUAAUGAAUGCAGCAAAGCCUUUGCUGAGCGUUCAAGCCUUACUCAACAUAAAAAAAUCCAUACUGGAGAGAAACCUUACAAAUGUAAUGAGUGUGGCAAAGCUUUUAAACAGUGCUCUCACCUCAUUAGACAUCAGAAUACACAUCCUGGAGAGAAGCCACACAAAUGUGAUGUAUGUGGCAAGGCUUUUAUCCAGAGUUCUAGCCUUGUAGAACAUCAGAGGAUUCAUACAGGAGAAAAACCGUAUAAAUGUAAUAAAUGUGAUAAAGCUUUUAUCAGACGUUCACACCUCUGGGGUCAUGAACGAACUCAUACUGGAGAGAAACCUUACAAAUGUAGUGAGUGUGGCAAAGCCUUUGCUGAGCGCUCAAAUCUUACUCAGCAUAGAAAAAUCCAUACUGGAGAGAAACCUUAUAAAUGUAAUGAGUGUGGCAAAGCGUUUACCCAAUUUGCAAACCUUACUAGGCAUCAGAAAAUACACACUGGAGAGAAACCACACAAAUGUAAUGUGUGUGGCAAGGCUUUUAUCCAAAGUUCAAGCCUUAUGGAACAUCAGAGAACUCAUACAGGAGAAAAACCUUACAGAUGUAAUAAAUGUGAUAAGGCUUUUAUCAAACGUUCACACCUUUGGGGUCACGAGAGAACUCAUACUGGAGAGAAACCAUACAAAUGUAUUGAGUGUGGCAAAGCAUUUACGGAGCGUUCACAUCUUACUCAGCAUAAGAAAAUCCAUACCGGGGAGAAACCUUAUAAGUGUAAUGAGUGUGACAAAGCUUUUACCCAAUUUGCAAAACUUACCAGGCAUCAGAAAAUACAUAAUGAAAAGAAACAGUAUAAACCUAAUAUGUGUUGCAGUGCUUUUAUUCAAAGCUCAAGCUUUGGUGAUCAUCAUAGAACUCAUAGGAGAAAGAAACCUUGCAAAUAAUAUGAGCAAGUAUUCAACACUUACUUAACAUCAGAUUUUCCAUCAUGGAGAGGAACCAUAUGAAGCUAACAUAUUUGGGAAAGCUAGUAAUGAGGGUUCACACUUCACCUGAUAUCAGAAUACAAAUCUCUGAAAGGAAGGACACUGAAGAAAUGUAUGGCAAGGCUUAUCCAAAGCUUGUUACACCUUGUGGAACAUAAAUUUUACCAGAGAAUUAUUACAAAGUAGUGAGUGUGAUCAGGUUUAUAAAAAAUGUAUAAAUUGGGGAGGGGGGUAAAAUAGAUGAAUGGGAUUAAGAGGUACUGACUUGCAGUUAUAAAAAAAAAAUGUACAACUCUGCUUUGUGGUCUUGAAAGCAUUCACAUAACAUGGAAGCCAUACAAAUAUGCAAGGUCUUUACCUCAGGAAGCACCUAAGAAUUUAUCCUGGACAGAAACAUUACACCUGUAAUGAAGGCGAUAAUUUCUUUAGCCAGUUCUCUCAGUAGAUUGCAAUUAAAGAAUUCACACUAGAGGGAACUAGGUCUGUUUUGAGGAUUAACUAUUCUUAGGUAUUAAAUUCCACAGAAAAUUAAAAUUAUUUAAAACUCAUGAGAUAAUGUAUGUCAAUGGAACAAGUAGAUCUGUGGAAAGACCUAAUCAUCUUCUGUUUAGAUAUUUUGUAAAGAUUUUAUUUACCUCUCUACACCCAACGUGGGGCUCAAAGUCACAACCCUGAGAGCAAGAGUCAUGCUUUUCCAACUGAGCCAGCCAGGAAUCUCUAUGACGUUUUUCACUCAGUUAAGGUUUCUUGAUGCUACAUUAUUAUUGAUGACUUAUAACCUCAAGUUUGGAAUCCACUGAUGUUAUACUUUCAUUACAUGUGUUUCAUUUGUCAACCAUAGUGCUGAUCUCAGAGAAAGUAUGAAAGGAACCUCUUUUAUUAGGUGGGGCUUAGUCAUACCUAUAUACCCUGGAAAAACUAGGAUGCUGAUUUUAAGAUCUAGAAUAGUAUAUAUUUUGGAGCAUAAGGAGUGACCAGGAAUAAAUCUAAAAGCUAUUAUGUAAAUUACCAUGUUUUCUGUGGUCACAGCCCCUUCUCUGGAUUUGUUGGUAUGAUUGAGAGCCUUGUUUGAUAACUAUGGGGUUAUGCUAUCAAAUAUGUGAUCGUGAAACAUUAGACUGAGACAUUGAGACAAUGAUAUUUUCAUGUGGGAAUGAGGGGUUAUUAAGGAUGGUAUUUAUGUUAGAGAAAAUGGAAGGGGAAUGAUGGUCUCUCCCUCUUUUGAAACGUAAUAGCUAUUAUAUAUCAUGGAUGAGUAAAAAUUAGUCUUAAUUUUGGAAACUGAAGAGAAAGUUCUAGAGGACAUUUAAAUCAAAAGAACCAAAGUAGGGGCACAUAGGUGGAUCAGUAUGUUUAGUAUCUGCCUCAAUUUCUGCUCAGGGUCAUGGGAUCAACCUCUAUGUUGGGCUUUCCUCUUGAGUGUAGAAUCUGCUUACCAUUUUCUCUCUCUCUCUCUGUCCCUCUUGCCUACUCAUGCUCUUUCUAAAAAAUAAUAAGUAAAUAAAUAACCCAAAAGAGUAUGCUUGUGAAAGACCCAAAUUUGGCCACUUAAAAUGCAUUUUCAUACCAUUUUAUUUAGGGUACCCUAUUUCCCAUAUCUAAGUAAGUAAAAUAUAAGCUUUUAUGUAACCCUGAAUGAAUCCUGUUCCUUUUAUUAUCCCAAGUGCAUCACACUUCUUUGGAGCAUUUCAUAAUGAACAUUAAUAAAACAUCCUUAGACUCUUAGGUUGAAUGUCAUCCAUAACAAUUUUUUUUCAUGUUAUAUUCAAACCUACAGUUUUGGAAAUAUAUGUUGAAUUUCAGAGUUACCCACCCAUAGCACAUCUCAAGUAUUUUUGUGGUUCUAAUGAAAAUACCAUAGCAAUGCAGUUUCAAACUCUCACCCAUCACAAUUUGCAUCCCCAUUCAUGAAUACAGACCAUGAUUCUAUUUCUGCCUGCCUUUUGUGCUGAAAUGAGACCCAUGGUUUGCAUUAAGUGAAAUUUACAUUAAAUGAAAUUAGAAAAAGAGCAAGCAUAUGAAAAGUAUUAGGAACUGUAGGAAAAUUUGAGGAGUAAGGAUAAAGGUAACACAAUCUAUAUUUUGUGCUGGAGUGCUCAGGGAAUAAUUUGAAAAGAUAAAUCUUCAUGAGUUUACUCUCAAGAAUGAACAACACAAUGGGAAUCUUGUUUGGUAACUAGAAAUCUCACAUAUUUACCCUCUAAAACAUUUUUUGCUUUUGUUUGCAUUUGUGCUUACUCCACUGGGACAGGAUGUUUGGAUGUCAAGAAUGAUGACUCCGUUCACUCAAGUGUUCGAAGAAUGUUGGUUAUAUAAUGACGCUUUCUCGGGAGAGCAGGGCAGACUUCUCAAGUUCUGAAAAUGGCUAGAGAAAGCAGGCAAUGGUGACUACUUUGUUACGAUGCAUCCUGUGUGGGGCCGGGGUGAUGGUACUCAUUGACACUGUGAACUUAGAACUACUGCCAAGGAAGGGCCUCUCGGGCUUUAUUAUUAGCUUGCCCUGCCCAGAUGAGCAGAAUAGUAAGAGGUAAUGACGCUUCACAGGUAUCAUUAGUCGGCCAUCAAGACUAGAGUCAGACUCUUUUCUAUAAAACUGUUUACUCCUGACUGACUUGGUUGGGAAAGACCACAAUCUUCCUCAUGCUAACUACUACCUUCUUUUUCCAGCUGUAUAUGUAGCCCCCACCACACAAUAUGAUUGUGGAAAAGGGUUAUGAUACACUGUUUAGAUCAGUUACUUAAGGUAUUUUUAGACUUGUUAUGAUGUCAGGAUUUUUUUUUAUUAAGUUAUAGCCUGAUAUUAAAAUACAUUCAGAAAUGAUACAGUAUUUCCCAACUACAAACCUUUUGUAGAUCGUUCACUUUAAGGGAGGUUAGAAUGAAUUGAAUCUCAAAAUCAGUCCUAUCAUUUUUCUAGCAAGAUGCUAGAAUCAGAGAGUGCCUGAGUGGCUCAGUCAGC